AUGGCCCCCAUGAAGCUGCUUGGAAGGCGUGCUGCCCCCGACCGAUCAAGAAUGUUAGAGGCGGGAAACCUCAUAAGUGCAAGCCUGGGUAUCACGCUGCCCAAAGUUGAGCUGAGGCUCAGCGAUACCUUCGAUCGCAACGCUGCCAGCGCCGGUCCUCGGGACCUCGCGCAGUUCUUGUGGGCCGCGGCCACGCUGCGAGCGCCACUUCCCUCCCUGCAUGGAGCCAACUUCGACGCCCUCACGGGGCAGGCGGCGGUGACCAGCCUGUGGUCUCUCUCCACCUUGGAGAAGCCUCGGUUGCUGCCGGCUCUGGCACGCCAGGCCAUGCUGGCACAGCUCUCGCCGAUGGAGUGGGCAAACAGUCUUUGGGCUUUAGCCAAUGCCGGGAUCCAUGAUCCCAAGUACUUCGAGCUGGCGAAGGCUCUGCAGAGAGUUUUAGCUUAG